UUGAUUAAAUAAAUAUUCUUUGAAAUUGAAAUUUGCGAGAAAAAAAAACGUAUGCAAAUCAAAAAAUAACAAAAAAUUUAACACUACAAACGAAAUGACGUCCCUUUCCCGUGAAACGACGGCGCUGUUAAAAUCAAUAAUCCGCUUGUAAACAAGACUUCACGAGGGGAAACAUAUUCCUACGUAGAAACAGUUUUAUACACUAUUAUUUACGUUAAAUGUGUUUAUUUCUUAUUACAAAUCAGUUUCGUUGUUGAAAGUCUAGUUAUAGAGUUUAUAUAAGCAUCGUUACCAUGGAUUCGGCAAAUGUGGGUUAUUCGUAUCAUUUGCCAUCGGGUGGAUGGAACUACAAAAUACGGAAUACGUUGUCGCAAUUUAGCGAUUUGUUUAGUGAAUUCAAUAAAUAUAUAGCGCCGGCAUAUCACCACGAUCGCUGUGAAAGAUCUGUCCAAAUGAGAAUUUAUUCAAUGCACAAAGGGGAGUUUGUGAUGGUUUUUAUAGCAUUUUUUGCUUGCUUCGGAUUGGGUGUGUUCAUAGGAUUAGCAGGGCCGUCACCCACUAUGACGACUUCGAUAGCGGCAUCGAAAAUACUAUCAAACAGUAGCGACAUUUGCCACGGGCCCUUCCACCUACACAGCCCCGCGCUGGGCACCAGAGUCCAGCAACUAUGGUUGUUGGCCGAAAUAUUGACCAAUAAUAAUGAUGAGGAAAUAUUCGAUAAAAGUUUUCAAAUAAGUAUAUCUAUAGAUGGAAUUUUAAGCGAUCAUACCGCUGUUAAUUUGAUACCAGAGAGUUCAGCAACAAAUAGAACCCAACACUUAAAAUGCAAGAAACAGGUAUGCGACGAGGUAAUGGUGCUUCAUUUAGGGUCCCUAGAGUAUACCCAUUAUGUGCUGAACAUACACUUCUACGGUCUCAAAGAGUUCCACAAGAGAUAUUAUAUUAGAGAAAUUAUAUUCUACUUUAAAACAUAUAACCCAGCGUUCACGCAGAUGGAAACAUGGUUCAGAUUUAUUUUUCUACUAACGACAUUCGGUAUAACUUGUUGGUUCGCGCAUUCUCUAAGAAAGUACUCGACUCACGAUUGGGCGAUAGAGCAGAAAUGGCUUUCCAUAUUGUUGCCACUUCUGUUACUUUAUAAUGAUCCAAUUUUCCCUUUGAGGCUGGUGUCUGGUAGCUGUUUUGCACCUCUCAUGGACACCAUAUUCCAAACAUUGUUCCUAGCCUUCGUUCUUUUAUCAUGGUUGGCCCAAUACCAUGGACUAAGACAGAACGAAAGGGGUUUCAUAUCGUUUUAUUUGUCAAAAGUAGUGAUAGUCGGUCUAGUGUGGAUACCGGCUAUGAUCGUCACGGUUUGGCAGAAAUAUUACGCUUUCUACGACCCCACCUUCAACUACAACAUGCAUCCGAAUUAUUCUGUUAUUACAAUAAUGUUCUUCACUGCUAUCGUUUUGUACUUUCUGUAUUUAUUAAUUUUGAUCAUAAAAGCAUACAGCGACUUAAGAAACAUGCCGUUUUUUGAUAUAAGACUCCGGUGUCUAUCCAUAGUAGUUGCGACAGUGACAGUAAUCAGCACACUGCUGGCGGUCCAGGGUUGGGGCCCGGCAGCCUUGCAGGACCACUGGGCUUCCCAACCGAAGAUACAUUACGAUACGUCCGCGCCGUUCAUGGCUUUGUACGGCCUCUUCAAUUUCAAGAUGUACAUAUUAGCCUAUCUUUUCUCGCCUGGCGGGGUAUCAGUACAUGAAACGGCAAUUACUAAAGACAACCCCGCGUUUUCUAUGAUCAACGACUCGGACGAAGAAGUUAUUUAUGGCUCAGAUGAGGAAAGUCGAAGGCCGCUCAACUCACACCACAGAAUCAACAAUGAGGACAUAUGAUUCAUUAGACAAACUUAUGUUUUUCGUGUUUUAAUGGUUUUUCUUAUUAUAAAAUUAUAACAUUUA